CCUUUAUAAACAAGGGUUUUGCAACAUAUUCAUCCAGUUGUUAUUAACAAAUACAUUUAUGAUCGUAUUGUGUUUUCGUGCAAAAUUUAUGUGUGUCAGUGUGAUCAAGAGGCUGAAGAUUAAUUAAUUGUUGGAACACAAGUGGAAUAGACGCAAAUCCGGUGGAUUUUGAGAAGACGACGGAUUUUCCAACCGAUCUCAAGGUAUAAAACCAAAAGCCAACAAACGAGCCACAACAGUCUUCACCAAGUCGUCGAACAUGUUGUUACCGUUGAUAUUCACCCUGUUCUGCGGGGUGCAAUCCUCCCCCUUUUUACUAAUGCAGAAAUACAUCGAGGGUUUCCAAAACGGGCUGAACGAACUGCAUGAACUGUCACACCACCACCAAUUCGAGGAGGAAAUCUGUCAUGAACACGAAGAAACACACGACGUGGAAGAGUACGACUUUAUAAUAGUUGGAGCCGGUACCUCCGGUUCAAUAAUAGCCAACCGCCUGUCCGAAGUACCGGAAUGGAAGAUCCUGGUACUGGAAGCAGGAGCCCCCGAAACCGAAUUCACCAAAGUACCCAAGAUGCAAAAGUACCUGCAAACAACCCCGUACUCCUGGGGCUACAAGACAGUGCCACAAUCCCACUCCUGUUUAGGAAUGAUUGACAACAAGUGCACUUUGGAAAACGGCAAAGCCCUAGGCGGUAGUUCGGCCAUCAACGACAUGCUGUACAUCAGAGGCAACCCGAAGGACUACGACGUGUGGGCGGACAAGGACAACAUCGGCUGGUGCUGGGACGACGUGAAGCACACAUUCAAAAAACUGGAGGACGCGUACAUCCAUCCGUUCGACAGGAAGUACCAUAAGUACGGAGGACACGUCCACUUAGAAAACCCCCGUUACACCACACCUCACCUCCAGGAACACAUCAUGGGAGCAGCCGAGGAAUUGGGCAUCCACACCGUCGACUACAACGGCAAACACCAAAUGGGCUUCGGAGUACCGCAGGUCAUCACCAAGGAGGGCAAGAGGAUCAGCAGUGCUGAAGCCUAUUUGGAGCCGGCCGUGAAACGGGAAAACUUGCUAAUCAGGCCCGAAAGUCGAGUGGUUAAAAUACUAAUCAGUACCCACACUAAAGAAGCCACAGGAGUUAAGUACUUACACGCUGGCAAACUGUUCGUGGCAAAGGCCAGGAAGGAAGUGAUUUUAGCCGCAGGAGCCAUUAAUAGUGCCCAACUGUUGAUGUUGUCCGGAAUCGGACCCUUGGAGGAUCUCAAAAAGCUCGACAUUGAGUGCGUGAGUGACUUGGAAGUUGGCAAACAUCUGAAGGAUCACAUGGGCUUCAACGGCCUCAACUUCAUCUAUAACUCGAGCACGCACGACCACCACAAGUUCAACAACCACGACGACGUAGUACUAUAUUUGCGAGACGGCAAGGGACCAUUAACAGCAGUACCGAACGAAGUAAUCGGCUUUGUCAAGUCCGAAGCGUCGAAAGACCCAUCUGAUUAUCCAGACCUCCAACUAUCCUUCACCCCUGACAUCUUCAACCACGGUCACGAACACCUGAGGUACUUGAACAUCCGCCCGGACGUCUACGAUCACAUGUGGAAACACCUGGAAGACUACAAGGGCUUCAGCAUCAUUCCCACGUUAACCAACCCUAAAUCCAGAGGCCACAUGAAACUGCACAGCAACAAUCCACUUCACCCACCUCUGAUAGAUCUCAACCAACUCUCAGACGAAGAGGAGAACGACCUGGAAACUCUCCUGGCUGGAGUGAAGAUCGCCAUCAAGUUGGCACAAACAGAAUCCAUGCAAAAAUUGGGUAUACACAUCAACACGCACAGUGCCCCAGGCUGUGACAAGCACAAGUUCGACACCAAAGACUUCUGGAUCUGCCAGAUAAAACACUUGUCUUAUAACUUGAGGCAGAUUAGUGGUACCGCGAAAAUGGGACCGAAGGGAGAUCACACAGCGGUCGUGGACAAUAAAUUGAACGUCUAUGGAGUGCACAAGUUGAGAGUGGCAGACGCAAGUAUCAUUCCCGUCACAAUUACCGGUAAUUACAUGGCUGUGGAGAUGAUGAUUGGAGAACAAGCCUCCGAUUUGAUUAAGGAAGCCUGGAAGUGAUUGUAGUACUGAUAUUUUGAAGUAUACAAUAUUUAUUUUUUAUACAAUAAAGCAUUUUU